AUGGCAGAUCUAGGCUCAUUAGGCAAUCUAGCAGAAAAGGCACCAGCUGCAGCAGCAGCUGGUGGCCAAUCAGCCGCUGCAACUGACAAAGCUGAUGCAGCUGAAAGCAGAAAGGCAUUCAAUUAUCCACUAGUUAAAGUAUGUGAUAUGGUGGAUGAAGUAAGAGUCGAAGCUGUUGACUCCGUUGUCACGGCUGUGGAAAAGCAUGCAAACAAUUUCGAGGCGGCAGCUAAAUCAGUCAAAGAACUAAUGGACAAACGUUGUGGGACAUCAUGGCACGUAGUUGUAGGCGAGGGCUUUGGAUUUGAAGUCACGCAUGAAAUCAAGAACCUACUCUUCAUGUUCUUUGGCAAUGUCGGUGUCUUGUUAUGGAAGCAGUCAUCUUAA